AGACCACGUGUGCACUUUCAUUUUCGAUGACGACGCAGAAUGGGUAGAACAGUUGUAGCAGAUGAACAGUCACAGAAUUAUAUUUACGAGGUUCUGAAGACUGGAAAAUGGGGUAUAGGUCUGAUUAUUGGACAGAUGACGUCACAGAAGGACUUUGCUGUGAAAUUGAUCCGCACACCAGAACCUGCGGAAGAUGAAUGCAGCGAGGAGCAAGAAUCCGCAACUCCAUCAAAAAAGAGGAGAAAAAGCAAACCCGAGAGUCUCACCAGCAUGGAUGAACAGUGGAUUGCAUUGCAUGCGAAACAGGUUACGCGAAUGUUGCCGGGGGGAAUUGAUGUAAUUGGACUGUUUGUUGUGGCUCCCCCAAAAAUGAUGCAGGCAGCUCAAAGUAAACUAAGACAGAUUCUAUUUGCCAUACAGAAAGUUCUGAAAAGGACAUUUCCAAUGGAAGAUGACCAGAACAUCACUGACCGAGUUUUACUUCAAGUAUGUACAGAAACGAAAAAAUACACUUGUCGUUCGUUGGACGUAUCAAACCCUAAAAGCGACCUAAGACCUGCAGAAUGGAAAGUGCAGACGACGGGUGAAAGCUGGUGUAAGCUUCAGUCAUGUGUCAGUGUGAACAUCCACAUUCAUAUCCCAAAGAAAAACCAAGAUCAGAUGUUCUUUAAGCGGAUUCAGAGUGCCAUCUUGCCGUAUUGUCAAAGGAUUCAGGACGGUGUGAUUCUAAUAGACGACCAGUUGCGCGUUGCUCAGGACCCACUUGAUCCUCCCCAGCUGGAGGGGCGGAGAAGCAAGACAAAGGAAAGAAAUGCAAUUACAAAGAGGCUGAAGGAGGUAACGUUCCUGACCCAGCUAGAAUCGAGUAUUGCUACGGCUCCAAUCAUUGAAGAUUGCUGUUCACGCAUGACCAUUAAAGGCUGCAUAAGUUGUCGAGCUUUUGUUCACUCAAGGUCAACCGUAGAUGAAGCAACACGUGCCAUAAAAUCGGACUUUAUCCGAAGUUUGAUCAGCCGCUGUGAAUUACUUAGCGAAGACAUAGACGUUGUGGAAGAAGAUACCAGUGUUAAAGAACUUUAUGAUACCCCGAUUAGAGUUUUUGGAAGUCUGCCAUCAUCACCCAUUGAAUUCUGUGACUAUGUAUUUCAGGAUGAAAAAAUUGAAGAAGUUAUUGAGAGAAUCAAAGAAUUGCUGGAUGUAUCGGUAACGGAAACUGACCUUGAUUUAUCAAGUGAAAAAGUGGCCACUGAAGACGAUUGGUCCAAAGCUAAAAAUUCUCAAGAAGAAAAGUUAAUGAGUGAAGUGGAAUCGGGGGCACACAUACGGGAUAUUCCUGUCGGGGCAAUCCUAGGGGUGAUUGUGUUGAUCCUAGCUGUUGUGUUGUAUACAGUCAUUUCCUAGAUGACAAUCUUCAAUAUCAUUGUUUAAAUAAAUACAAUUGGGAACAUAAAAUUUUAAAUCUCUACAUAUUUUAAUCUUUGUUUUCUCUUUUGAAAUUAAAGUGAUUAAAUGUGUCAUUAGAA